AUGAAGAGAAGAGGAGGGAGGGUGCCGGCCUCCUUGUCGAUGCGCGGGCCGCAUCCGCUCCGCCAACUCCCGCGCUCGGCAUCUCCCAGCGCAACGGCAUCUCUGGAUGGGGCCGGGCCUGUCCUCUCCAGUGAUGAAGAGGAGGGGCGUCAGUGGAGGAGAAGGGAAGGGGGCCGCGGGUGGAGGAGAGGGUCAGGGAGAGCGCUGGAUCUCGGCAAAGGAAGCGACGAUGGAGGCUGCCGGACUCCCGCCGGCAGAGGAGAAGAUGAGAGGGCUGCCGGCGGCGAUGGAGAUGGGCAGCUGGGUGCUGGCCGUGGGGGUGGGGACGAGCGCGGUGGUGGGGGUGGACCGGUGGAGACUGGAGAGUGGAGACAGGCGCUGAGAAGUGGGAGGAAGGGGAUGAGAGCGAGCCAGCGAAGGGAGCAAGGCACAUGGGAGUGGCAGUGGCCAGUGGAAUAG